AUGACAUGCUGGAGAUGCCCCGUGUGCGCUAAUCACAUUCUUCGUAGUCCAAAAAGAAGAGUUUUCAGGAGAAACUCGGAUGACUGGUUCCUCAUCUUCACACGAACAUCACUCAGAGACUUGAUGUCAAUCUACCUGUGGCACGACAACAGUGGGUCUCAUCCUGACUGGUUCUGCCAGAAGGUGGUGGUAUAUGAUGUGCAGAAAGGUACAGAAUACACCUUCAUCGUAGAACAGUGGCUGAGUGUACGACCAGGAGAAUUCACAGAGACCCUGGUAGUCCCUGCUGGCCGGCAGGAAAAGUUUCAGUGGAAUAGAGUCAUAAUGCACAACAUCCUGUACAACCUGCGCGAGAAACACUUGUGGCUCAGUAUAUACAUGAGUCAUCCAAGAGCGACAGUGACAAAAAGUCAACGAGUGACAAUUGCAUUCUGUGUUUUCUUAAUCACUCUUCUGACGGGCAUCAUGUUCUAUGGAGUAGCCAGAGAUGGUGUUGAGAGUGAUGCUCCAGAGUACAAGUUUAAAAUGAGAGAGUUUAUCAUUGCUGUGCAAAGUGUGGUCAUCUCCACACUUGCCACAGCUCCUGUCGUUAUCUGCUUCAGGAGGAGUCAGAUAGUUGCACUUCAACAAAGCGUCAAAGAAGAAUCAUUAAUUGAAAUUGAGAGUCUAACAGAUUUGACCAGAAUUCCAACAGCAAAAGGAGCUUGCUUUAGAAACUUGAUGAGCAAAAUGGUGAGGGGAAAACCUCUGAUCCCGGUAGUGGUUGGUAAAGAAACUGCCAAGUCUGUGAUCGUAAGAAGAAGAUGGGCAAUAUGUGGAUGGGUGAUGUCUCAGAUGGUUGUGUGGGGCAGUGGAUACAUGAUCAUCCUGUAUGGACUGAGACUAGGCAGAGUAAUCAGUGAACUGUGGCUUACUUCCGCAGGGCUGAGUAUCAGUGUUGGAGCACUUUUAAACUCACCUGUCAAAAUUAUCAUUGUUUCAAUGAUACUGUCCUUGUUUGGGGAAAUGUACAACGUAACAACGUAUGAAUACAAUGCUAACAGACCUUUGAAGGAGGAACUGGUUGGAAAUGCAAAGUAUCUUGAGAGUCUGCUCAAGUUAAGAUCUUCAAGCAUGUAUAAACCACUGCAGACUGAACAGAUUGCUGAGUACCGCAAGGCAGCGCUGAGGCACCUGAAGAUUGUUGAGCGUACAGAUUUCCUCUUGUCUGUUGUGUUGCUGUUGACUCUCCUGUACAUGAGUGGAAGUCCGGGGGAAGAGAGAGGUUACUACAUCACAUCCCACAUCAGACACAGUCUGGUUGUCAGCCAUGGACCACUGGCAGUCCCUCUGGAAAACGUCAUCAAUAUGAAAAAACUUACAGACUAUCUAAUCAGUAAACUAUUUCCUGGUUUAUACAAAGAAAAAUGGUACAAUAAAAGAACCAAACUAACAUCACCUGCGGAAUCCUUGCCAAAGAUGGGCUGGUUUUCAGACACUGUGCAUCGUAUGGUUGGAAUCCCAAGGAUGAGACAGCUACGAGUAACCUUUGACAACUGCACAUGGGUUGACUACUUCAAUGUCAGCAAUGCAGUGUGUGUUUUUGGCUUAAGAGCAAGCACAGAGGACUCCCAGAGAUACGGACUACACUGGGGUAAGACCAGCAAGGAUAUAAACAUGCCACUCCUGGCUCCUUGGACUUAUCAACAUGAUGGGGAGCAUACAACUAAAGUUUACGGAGAUUCAGGUGUUCCCUACCACACUGGAGGAUAUGUAGUGGAUCUGUACGAGACCCAAGACAAGUGCAACAAUGAGAUAUCCGACCUGGUAGACCUGGAGUGGUGGGACGUGAGGACGAGAGCCUUCAUUGUUGAACUGACUUUGUACAACCCCAACACGGAUAUGUACAGUCUGGUCACAUUGAUAACAGAGCACCUGCCUAGUGGAGCGUUUACCAAUCGGAUACAUGUUACGUUAAUUCACCUUGGUACUAACCUAUUUUGGACAACUCUUUACCUCGGUAUUCUUAUUUUAUUCAACAUCAACUUAUUCCUCGAAAUCAACAGAAGAGGAGUUAUAUUAAGUUUGUCGAGAGGUUGGGGUUGCUACGAGAUUCUGUUUGUCGGUGUCAGUGACGCUGCAAUUAUAUUCCAAUUGUUGAAAACAAUCAAAAUGUCAACAGCUGUCAGUGUGUUUCAAGAUACUGGUAGCAGUGGAUUCUUUUUCUUUCCUCAACUUGUCUGGUACGAGAAAACCGCUAUUAAUGUUUGGAUUACAGUUUUAUGUCUCACCCCCAUUCGGUUGCUUAAGUUUAAGCCCUUUGUAUCCGCUCUUAAAACAGUGCUUUUCUCGUUAUACAGAACAAAAAAGCUUUUAUUAGGCGUGUCCUCUCUGAUUCUGUUUUCAAUUCUUAUCCAAAAUUAUAUGAUAAAUUCAAAAAUUUCCCCAGAAACAUUACCUUUUGCAACGGAUUCCAAGUUUUACAUUGGGAGUAAAAAAGAGUCUGUUGACAGUUCACCUGGUUAUCAUCAAUUUGUAACAUCCCUGUUGCACUCAAUUGUUUCUGGAGGAAGCGUAGGAGAGGUGGGUGGUGCGAGAGGAGAGGUUGAGGAGAGGGAGAGGGUAGGGGAGAGGGGGAGUACGGGUGAGAGCGCUGCCAUGGAGAGAGCAGGAAAGUGGCGCCUUGUGGGAGUGUGGGAGAGGUGCGUGGAGGGCUGGAGAGGGGGAGGCACGGGAGAGAAGUGGGAGCGUAGGAGAGGUGCAUGGAGGGCUGGAGAGGGGGAGGCACGGGAGAGAAGUGGGAGUGUGGGAGAAGGCAUAGCCAUGGAGAGACCAGGAAAGUGGAGCUGA